AUCGCGAUGACUAAGCCCCACUUCGACAUCUUAUUCCUCCCUGCCGCCUUGACUUUUUGACUUUCCUUCAAACAUUUUUCAUAAACUCUUCCCUUUUUUCCCUUUCACGUUCAACCGUUUCUAAAACCGACAUCACUUUAAUUUGAAAAAGGAUACCGAGUAAGCCGAAGCUGCUGUGCGCGACGACCACCACAUGCGACCCUCGAUCGCUCCACGGACGACUAGCAAAGGAUGAUGAACAUGAGCGACGAAUUUCAAGACCGAGAUGCCGGCUACCGAUCGCGGCAGGGUAAACAUAUAACCCGAGCCUCUGGCAGAGAUGGAAAACUCGAGAAGGAUCUCCAUGGAUGAUUUGAGCCUCGUAGCUAACUUCCCCACGGGACGGCGAGAUCAUUCCAGGUCUCCGCCCAAACAAGCUUUCCGCGACGAUCCUCGAGAGAGAGAUUCUCGAUACCGGGAUGACGAAAGGGACCACAACCACGAUUACGACAACCGGUCUGGCCGUCACGUUGAUGGAUACUCAAGAAGAGGCGGCGCAUCUCGAGAAGCGCGCUACAACGCUCACGACGAACAUGACUACCGAGGCAUGUACGAUGAUGGUUACGUAGACAAUAACGAUCAAGGGCAACGACGCCACGAGGACGAAAAGCGGAGUGGCAGAGGUCGGUACCGCGAUGGUGAUGAUCCACGAUCUCAGUCUCCGUCUGGAAGCUAUCAUAACCGCGGUCACUCCGACAGCCCAACGCGAGAUGCUGGCAAGCCUAGCGACACCGUCAUUCUCGAAGGCCUGCCUUUUAGUAUAUCGUCGAAUGAGCUGCGCGACAGUAUCCUGAGCAACUCAGUUGCCGCCGAGUUCCCGUCAAUUGACUUGCGCGUUUCCGCUUCCAAGGGAAAUCGCAGAGCGUUUGUGCAGUUCCAGGAAGUUGACCAUGCUGUUACUUUUAUGAGAGAGCAUUAUCCAAAGCUUCUUGUUGAGAUGACGCAUUCCACUGAUGACGUCCCAGAAGGGAGAUUCGAUGCGUACAUCCAUUACGCUCGAAACCGAGAUGCACGCGACGAAGAUGAUGCUCGGGGUGUUCCCAGUGGUGACUGGAUCUGUCCUACUUGUGACUUUUCCAACUUCUCUACCCGAACCAAAUGCAAGAUUUGUGGCGGCCCACAGGCUGCCCCAGCGUGGCAAUUGAGUCUUACAGGCAUGGCAGAUGCUUCGGAUGUACCCGCACAAAUCCUUGUCGUCUACCCCUUGGCAUCAUUUGUGACUGAAGAUAUGCUAGCCAACGAUAUGAAGCGACUAGAGCUUGUGAAGCAAGAUCAAACCAAGGAUACGUCCAACGGAGCACCCAAACUGAAGUCCACAGCCCCGACAGGUGACACGACAGGUUACGGCGCUCGACCUGGUUCCCUUCAUCGAGUCUUCCUUAUGCGUGACGUGCACACGAACGAAUCCUUUAAAUAUGGGUUUGCUGAGUUCUGGACGGUGGAAGACGCAUCGGCCGCGAUGACGAAAUUUCACAAAUCUCGAUCAUUUACGGUUGCAGCAUGUCCAGUGACAGUAUCCAGCACUCAUAUGGGGGUUUUCUUGCCUGAACAACGCGAGUUUACACCGGAAAUCGAGCACCUGUCGUUCACACCCUUGUUUAACCCCAACCUUCGUGUUCGCUACCGAGACUACCACGUGUAUCCUAGCCAGCAGGUUGUUAAUGAACAGCCUCCAGGAGGUGAAGGUGCCUCAAAAGCAAACGAAGAAGAUGGUAACGACAAGAAGUCAAAGAAGCGCAAAGCAGAGGGAAGCCUCGCUGCUUCUUCCACGAAGAAGUCUGUGCCAAUGAUGGCGGGCCAGAUGGCCAUGUGGCAGCGCAAGAGGGAUGAGCUUCGUGUUGAGAAAGAUGCUAGACCGGCACGACAGGAUAAGGCCGAGUUCAGCGAUGUGAAUCGAACUCCACUUCGCAUAAACCUGUCAGGUUCUGGAGGAGACUCAUCGAAACCCCAGAGUGCUAUCAAGAUCUCACUUUCAGGAACACAAAAACUUGGUCCUCCUGAGCAUGCUGCUCCCAGCAAGCAGGGCUCACCAGAUGAGUCUCCCGGCAGUACGACACAGGCAACCUCAGCCUCUGGGGAUGCACCAGUUUCUUAUGUCGAUCGCGAUCGAUUGAUGUGCCUGAUCUGCAUGCGCAAGUACAAAUCUGUGGAUGAAGUUAACAUUCAUGAGAAAUCUCGGAACCACAAGAACGCGAUGGAAAACGAGGAACAAGUCAAAGCCGCAUUGCCCAGGUUAGCAGCACGCGACAAGAGACUUCAGAAACAGGCACAAGAGAACCCCGACUCGGCAGCUGCGACAUCACAAUAUCGCGAUCGUGCCAAAGAGAGGCGAGCUGCCUUCAAUCAGCCAACUAAGCCAACGACCGCACCACAAGGCAAACCCAAGCCGGGUCCGAAGGCGGAAGAGGCUGCACCGGCUCCGAAGCCCGUUCAGUCAAAGGGAGCAGGUAUGCUGGCCAAGAUGGGAUGGUCAACCGGUGCAGGUCUUGGAGUCAAUGGAGAUGGGCGUACCGAGGUUAUCGAGACAAAUGCUUACCAGGAGGGCGUUGGAUUGGGCGCAGAGGGUGGCAACCUUGGCGACGCAGCGCAGUUGGCUGAGCGUAAGACAAAGAACAGUUACGCUGAAUAUGUGAACACAGUGCAGGACAGGGCACGGGAGCGGUAUAACAAGAUGGGCUGAGGAGUGGACAUAAAAGGCCAUGUAAUUACAGCUUGGGAUAUAGAUGGUAAAGGCGUUCAGAAUUUGCUGUGGAACCGAGGACGAGACUCGACAUGCCAAAGAUAGUCGCACAUGUUCAAUUAAGGGGUAUCAUUUUUUAAAUACAGCACU